AUGCAAAUGGAAUCAUGGCGACAACGAGGAUAUGUCCCCGACUCGGACGAGGAAGAUGGCUUCGAUUCUCUAGAUGCGAAGAAGGGCAAUGUAGAACAUAGCCCUGCUGUCGAAAAUCUCGAAUAUAUCGACAACCCUUCAUCCUCGCCGAAGGAAGGGACGAGGAGUGUGACGAAGGAACAACCCGAGCACGUUCGGGAUGAGAAUGGCUCCAUCACACUUUCAGAUACAGAGGAGGUGGUUCGUCGGGAUACGAAUCGAGCAAGUCCUCACUUGAGAAAUGCCGCGCAUGACGAAACGACACCAAAACAUAGAAGAGGACGCAAGACUUACGGACUUCGAUCGUCGGCUACGAAAUCAACGAAUCGCCGUAGCACCGAGCUGCGUAAUACCAAUGCCUCCGCAAAGAAUACAGCCAGCAUAUACGAUUUUCCAACGUCAUCACAGGAACAUGACAGGCCUCAAUCAAAGCCCUCGAGCCGCGAGUCUACGCCGAAACCCUUGAAGACCGUACGGCCCUCCCAAUCACAAGUUAUAGGAGAGCCGUACAUCUCAAAGGACGACACACAGGAUGGAACUUCAAGUACUCGGAGCUCCUCGCCUGAUGAGUUGGUGCUGAUCACUCAGCCAACUCGGAAGAAAAAGCCCGUGGCCGAGCAUGUCCAGCCGAUAGAGGCGCCACCAUUACCAUCACCACCACUACAGGAGGCUUCGGAAGAUGACUCUCCAUUAUCUUCUGUACCGUCAUCCUUUGGCUCUCCCCGGGCCAAGGAUUCUACAGAAGUACACGCAGAUGGUGUGAUGGAGGCAGAACCAGAAAGACCGACAGAUAGGGAGGCAAAUCUACAGCAAGCAGUGCUCGUUGAAGUAGAUGCCAACCCAAACGAUGUAUUGCCCCACCUUGAUAUCCCCGAAGAAGUGUUGCGAGAAUUACCGCAUGCUGCGCAAAGGACAUUCCGAAAGCGCAAUGCCAUCCAAAUGCACCCGUACCAUCUGGAACAGCUCAAGUUUGCCCAGCAACUGCAAGCGCGGGGCGUCAAGCCUUUUGGUCGACCUGCACAGCAAAGACCGCAAGUUACUGAUGAAAGUCAAGGGCAAGAUUCAUAUGAUCCUGAUGCACCUCCGUCAAGUCCUCCCCUGGAAGAGUAUCUUCCGCCGGUAAGACAUGAACGUCAUCGUCGCCCACAAUCUGCUGGGCAGGGACGGGAACACAACGACUCGGAGCAUCCUCGGCCAUCGCAAGCUCAUCUGGCAAAGCGCCAGAAGACUUCUCAUUCUGGAACCCCCAAAGAACGUCGAAAUUUGCACAACCCGUCCAAACCUCGUGGUAUUAGAGACAACAAUACCGCUACUGGGAAUGAAAACGGUAUCUCCGUAUAUGACUUGUCAUCUAGCCCCCCAAAUGUAGGGCGUUUAUCUUCGACUUCAAGAACCCCUCGUGCCUCAGAAGGAGGGUUCCGGUUCCCUCGUGGGUGGUCGCCGCCGGGAGAAGUUGCGAAAUCCGGGGCACAAGAAACAGAGGAAGCCGGCCAAGUCCAAUCACCUGAUGCGGGUACAGAUGAUGAUGAGGAAGUACAGUCCGUCUCGUCCAAUAGCCAGAGUGAUCAAGAAGAAACCAAGUCAGAUGCUGAAGAACGUGAAAUUCGACGUUUCCAACGAAUGAUCCGAGGAGCGCUCCCUGCGUCACAUGCGCGACUGAAUCAGAAGAAAAUCGCAGAUAAAGAAAAAGCCUCGCAAUUAGAUCGUCAUGCUUCCUCGCAACGACCGGAUGGAAAGGGUGUUGCGCGGAAGCUCAUUCGAAAGGGUGAUCGCUCAAGGCAACCAGAAACGCAACAACCAAGAGGCUUGUUUGAUCUUGGAGAUUCUGACUCGGACGAUGAGGACAACCGCAAUGAUGCCACAGGAAAUGCCUCUAUAGCCAAUGACUCCAGCCAGAGGCUGACUGGCACCCUCGAUCUCGAAGACCCCUUCGCGCUGGAGGGGGGUGAUAUAUCUGAGGAUAAUCGCGUCGACUACAUGUUUGCGCCUGUUCCGCGCAACUCAACAGUUCCUCGGCACAAAACGAACGGUUUAAAAAGGCCGAAAUCGAAACAAAGUUUGCUCUAUGGGCAGAGACAGCCGAAGAGACCUCGACAAACCCGAAUGACCGAUGCCUCGUAUGGAGCACGAAGGACCAAGAAACAUUCCACUGCCCAGCGACCAAGAAUAGGAAUAUUGGAUGCGCCAGAUGUUGCCACGAGGCCUCGAAAAGAGCAAUCGCGGCUGCUCAGGGUAGCGACAAGACGACCACGCUCACGCAAAGAUGGAGGCAGGCAGAGCCCUACUCAGAAGUUCGUGAGACUGGCCUCAAGGGAAGACACAGUGGAUGCAAAUGAGUCUUUGCGAGAUUGGAAAAGGGGAGCUAUUCGGCAGGCCAAGAUUAGCCCACCUCGUUCCAGAGCUCCCCAACGCCGGGAUUGGACAACCAAUCUUUCGAUUCUCAGUGCUCGAGCUAAGUCGAAUACUACAAACGGCCGGAUACCGAACCGAUUCAUUGAUGCAGAGGCAGACACUGAUGUUUCGAACACCAACGCAGUGGAACCGGAACAGGCACAGGCGCCACCUGAAUCUAGCGCAGUAUCAGUCCCGCCAAACCAAGCCCCAGUGACCGUGUCCUCGUCCCGUCGAAAACCAGAGCAGCACGGUCACACAUGGGUUAUUCCUAGGAAUGUUGCCAUAACAUCUUUGAAGAGGAACACCAUUAGGCCUGCGGCGACUAGUUUGGCCGGCCCUGGUAGAAGCCAGAAAGUGGUUCCCGCCAUGUUCAACCAGUCAUUGUCUAUUCUUAACCGACACUAUAAAAACCAGCGCACAUCUCAACCUUACAAGCCCAGCUUGACCUUGGAUCGAUAUGUCUCCGACAGUGGAUCAUUGAGUACUGGAGGCAAUUCCUCGCCCAUGAAUACUUCUGUUGCUGCUGCUGCUGCUGCCGCCGCCGCCACCGCCUCAGCUGAAGCACGAACUCAAACGCCAACCCAAAAAGCCCCUGUAUCUCGACGGCGGUUGAAGAAGAAUCCUCCAAACCGAAUCAAUCUCGAUGCCGAUGAAUUCCGUCAUAAUCCAGAUCCUGCUACCAUAGUCUCCGAUGACUCAGAAUCCCUUACUAUAACGCCCGUCGUACAUGCACGUCCUUCGUCUUUCAGUGUCGGCGGACUUUUCAACUGGCAACGCUUCUACCCGGUCGACUUCGGAGUACCAUCCCUACGUGACAAUACAUUCUUUCACGAGAGUACUUUCAUAGGAAGCGGGGAAUUUUCUCGUUCGUUGCACAUCGCAGAGCGGGACUUCGAUGGGGAUGCCGCUCCAUUCUCCAUCGAGCUCAGAGACGAGACAUUCCAAUGGAGUCGCUGGAACGAUACAGUAUCAUCGGAGAUGGGGCAGGUCUUCGAUGUGAUAAUCGAUAAUGUCGAGCGAAGUGCUGUUACCUCCCCAGAGACGGGCAUUACGGCUGCUCUAGGUGUGGCAUCGAGGUUAUACAGGUUGUUGAUCAAAUACAUCACGGGAAACCUGGUCUUCAUCGACCCGGUUGACCGUACGGGGUUUGUCACUAGAGCAAUGGGGUUUAUCUCCCAGGUGAGAGACCCGUUGGCUGCCUUUUUGUCUAGCGACGAAUACAACAAGAGCGGGCUCGUCAAGAUUGCUUGCUUCAACAUGAUUUUCUCGAACCAGAUUUAUCAAGUUGCUUCUCAUCGACUCGUCAGCCCUGCCCUUGCGACUGAAGCUUUGGAUCUUGUCAAAAUAUCCGCUAGAGAUGUUGCAGGCUUGAUCACGUCCAAAGUCGGUUCUUCUGAGUUUAAAACGUUGUUCAAAGAAAACAACGAGCCUGAAUGCCGCGAGUCGGGGAUUCGCGAUGAGUAUCCAUCGGUGGAGGCUUAUGUCGUCACCAAACAUCUUCUACGCAGCUCAGACAACUACAGGGGCUGCUUUGAAGAUAUCCAGUUUGAGACUUUCAACAAUGGAAUUAUUCGCAACGAAAGGGACGUGGGCAGCCUGGAGGUUGGAUGGCGUGGCAUAUUCACUGUCUUGCCUCUCAACGAAAUAGAUCUGCUUGGGACUGUACGCCCUGGCUAUCAGUUGACAGCUACCAACGACAAUUGGAAAUUAGCCAAACGGCUCCUCGCCCCAGCCCUGGACAAUUUCGAGUCCAACUCUAGGGCACAACCCAUUUCGUACAACAGCUACUGUCGAACCUUGUUCCUCAGGUGUCAUCGGCUUAUCAAUUCCUGGGGGUGGAGAGAAUGCAAACCUAUCCUGGACACGCUAUUCGACUUCUUCGCCAAGAACACCCUCCACAACCUGAAACUCGAGGAAGCUCGUGGCUCACCUUCAUUUCUUGACGAACUUGAUAGCAAUCCCUCCCUGGAUGCCCGAGUGGGGGAACCGUGUUUCCACACAUUUCUCAAGAUUGUAGCAAGUGGUCUCCGCUUCUUGGCGAAGAUAUAUGACAAGAAAAAGAUUCGAAACUUUGCCUGGCGUCUUUUACCCAAUCAUGGCCGUGUUUACCCAAAAGAGCAGCCAUUGCAGCACGAGGACCUUGAUGCACUAAGAAAUCACCAUGAUCUUCUCAGCACCCUGUACUGGGCUGUGCCUGAUGGAUGUCGCCCUCGACUGGAGACGAUACGCAAUCUGGUCCAUCCUGCCACUUCACAUCGUGAAGCGUGCAGCAUCAAUUUGCGCUCAUGGUCAAGGCUUGUUCGAUUCAAGCUUUCUACGGAUGAAGAGGUUUCGGGGCUCGAUCCGUUUGGAGACUGGUAUGGCUAUUUCGUUACAGAGCUGCAGCAACAGCAUUCAUAUGCUCGCAAAGAGAUUGAGGCUCAAAACACAGGCGACAAUCGGGUUUCUCAACAGCUUGUUGAACGCACAAUCUCCCAGAAUCAGCGGCAGAUUGAGACCUUGUUGAGCAACGCGCUUAGCGGGCUGCGGAUUGCUGUCCAACUGGCUCCGAAACUGGAGCAUGCACACAGGCUUGUCCUGAGCACUCCGUUUGAGUCUAUCCUUACACUUUUCAACCCUAAGCUCCCGCGCGUGAAUGUCGUUGUAUCUGAGGCACUGCAGGUCUUGGUAGCGUACACCCAGAAAGAUGUUCCAGCUGCAUCCACAUCAAAUGCUCCUGCGGCGGUGACUACUGAUGAGGACAGCCAGGAGUUCGGUGAUUGGGAUGCCAUUCAGGCUGUUUGGGACCAGCAAAGUUCCCUUAGUGAAGGUAUUGAACAUGUACAGAAGGCUUUCCAUCCGAUUGUCUCUCGUCUCGUUUCGAAUUGCUUUGGCGAGGACCAUUGUCCCGACGAUGCCAUUCUUCUCAACGUGAUAGAAUGCUGGACAUCAAUAGCCCAGGUUCUCAUUCGCCAUCGCCUCCGAAAUUGGGACAAUUAUCUAAGCGAGUUCGGCGAUGAUUCCUGGACGCGGCUUCGACAGACAGUUCAGACAAGAAAGUUUGCGCCGCUGUUCCUUGCCGCAUGUAUCGAAAAGGACGCGCAGAUUGUUUCUGAUUGCCGAAUCCAAGUCAUGAGUAUGUGGAUGUCAUCGCUGGUCGAGCGUUCCUCGAUGUUGAAGUUUCAACAUCGUCUCACGGAGGCGCUUCUGAACGGAAGUCCCACAGAUCCCUUGCUUGCCAAUCUUCCGUUCUCUAAGGAUAAGAAGAUUGGCCGAUAUGCAAUCACAUUGGAGGAAAUUGGCUCUCGGCGGCUAUCCCUCCUCUCGAGCCUAUCGUCUAAUAUGCGUGAGCAGCUCCAGGGUAUGGAACUUUCUGGCAAUCGGAACUUUUCUGUGACGAAACAAGAGUACUCCGAAAUGCUUCAGCGGGUGAUGACGUCCAUGAAAGACAACUACCAAGAGCUAGGGAAUGGGACAGCGCAGGCUGCUCAAGGAGAAUACGUCGAGUUCGUGCAACGCGUUAUCGGUUUCCUUCAGCAACAUACCAGCGACAUCAAACCCAUCGACCCCUUCUUCACCGACCCUGCUUCGUUCCCUUUGCCGUCUACCGAUCCACGCUACAUUGUUGCGAAGCUCAAACGCUACGAAUCGAAGUUAUCUUCCAGCAAAGAGAUCCAGACCUUGACCGGGUUCGUCCAGAGCAUUUCCGAGCGUGCCGCCAUUGACGGCCAACAGAGCUACCUGGUUGACCAAUUGCACACAUCGAUGAAAAACACCUACGAGUCGGGAGACCACGACAAACCCACUCUCCGCGCUGUCCUAUUGCAGUGCGUGUUUCCAGCGUAUCUCGAAGCGACCCUUCCCAACCGCGCCUCCUGGAUCCUCAGCCGUCCCAUCAUCCAAACCAUUACACUGGAAUUCAAGAACUUGCUGUGUAACAUAGACACUCUUGAUGCAGCCUGUGUAUCUUCUGUCAUCGAUAUCAUCGAUGUUGUGUGCCGAGCCUCCUGCCAAGCACUGGCUGUUGUCGCCUCCCGACGCCACCGUCUGCAAAGCCCUAUAACUUUAGUCAUGCUUGCCGCCUUCCUAGACAUGAUCUCCUCGGUCCUGCCGGUGGUGGAUUAUAUCGACCGGACCACUGGCGCAGGGGAGGGUAUUAUCACGCGCAUCGAGUGGAUCCGCGAUUUCACGAAAGCCGUGAGCAGAUGUCUACAAAGCACAGAUCCAGACGCAGACUUGUCCUCGAGCAGUGCCCAUAUCACAUUCCCUGCAACGCCGCCGCCCUCCGAUAGUAGGAAAACCGAACUCUUCGGCACGGCCAACAACCUCGCCUCGAAUGACCUCCUGCCCUAUCUCAGGAAAUGGUCUUAUCAUCAGGAUAAGUACUACUUUACUCGUCCCGGUCAUGAUUCACAAGAGGUCGCAAUCGAGCCUGAGAUUGCUGUUCUAGUGGCUAGUCGGAGUGAAUCGCAGAAGGGUUUUGAGGAUGCAGCGAAGGGAUUCGUUGAUCGCGCAAAGGCUUUGCAGUUACUGUCUUGA